GGUUGACGCUUGCCCACGAGACACUUCGGACAGGUACCACGGCGUAGGACUAGGCUCACGAGAGCAAAAAUAGCUAUGAGGACGUGGCGCAUUUCUUGCCACUGGAUUGUCGGAAUGAGACACAUUCAGGUACACACGUCGGCGCAGCAGAAACCCAUCAACGCGAAAAUCAAACACUCGCCUGAAACCCGUCUAAAUCUGUACCCACUUUACGGACUCCGGGUUGCAAUCCCUUGUCUAGGCCCUUCCUUCGUGCUUUUUUCUCUCCGCCGCGACUAUCCCCUUAGAACGAUAACGCCUUCCAAUUAUAUCCAGCAAUGAUAUCUCUGGGAUUUCUCGGGACGGCCGACCUCGAAGUGAAGGUCAUCCCGACCAGAUCCUUCCGAUGACCAGGAUAGUGGCCCAAACAACCCGAGGGAAAACUGGGCCACUUCCGAAAAUUAAAUCGUCGAAAAUCAGCCCCAUACCCCUUAGACGGUGGAGACGAAAAUGCUGACCCAAUGUUCUCUUUCCCAUUAACUAGGCAGCCAAUUGUUCGUUUUCGCCGGCGGUUCUGCGGCAUAAACACAUCCCGAAGUAUGUACAGGGGAGACGCACGCAGUACAGUUCUAGCCUCGGGCAAGAUGAAUGCGCUUUUGCGUUUUCCCGAAAAUGAAGGAGAUCACCCAGGAUGAAAUUAU